GCCGUCACAUGAUCCCGAGAAAACUCUGAACCAAUGCGAGGGCAAAACUCCGAAAACUGUUCACUUCCGUCAAUGGGAGGAAUUUUUCGGCAACUUUUUUGGGACGCAAACUUCAGUUUGUGUUAACUCGGAGUGCGUGGCCCUCCCUGUGGAGGGGGGUGCGCCAUGGAUGAGGUCUGGCAGUAUCAGUUUCGCAUUAUUUUGCUGGGCGACUCCACGGUGGGGAAGUCUUCCCUGCUGAAGCGCUUCACCGAUGGAACUUUCAGCGAGGUUCAGGACCCCACGGUGGGAGUGGAUUUCUACGCCCGCGUCCUGGAAGUGGAGCCGGGCUGCAAGAUCAAGCUUCAGCUGUGGGACACCGCCGGCCAGGAGCGGUUCAGAUCAAUUACCCGGUCCUACUAUCGCAACUCUGUCGGGGGGCUUCUGAUGUUCGACGUGACCAAUCGGAGGUCGUAUGAGAACAUCAAGGAGUGGCUGAAGGAAGUCAACAGGCACGUGUAUCCCCAGAGGACCAUCUUCGUCCUGGUCGGCCACAAAAGCGACCUGACCGACGACCGGGAGGUGUCCCGCGAGGAGGCCGAGAAGCUGGCAGACACACUGGGCCUGAACUACCUGGAGACUUCGGCCAAAAGUAACAGCAACGUGGAGGAGGCGUUCGUGAAGCUGACAGCGUGCAUUUACGAGUCGAUGAAAGGGGGCGAGAUUGCACUGGAGGAUGGCUGGGAUGGAGUCAAGCGAGGAUUUAAUCCGAGGGCACUGGAUCGAGGGAAGGAGGGAAAACAAAGUGACUGUAAUUGCUAACUGGUUCAAGUUAAUAUCAGAGAAUGCAUACAGAAUACAACCUGAAAUUCUUACUCUUCACGGACAUCCACGAAAUCCCUAAGAAUGAAUGAUAAAUAACUUAUUGCAACUGAAUUACUUGUAAUAGACAUAUAGUAUAAUAUUCAUCAGAGUUACUUCCCAUGAUAAGCUGUAUAUCAGGCUUCAACUAAGCAAUUUCUGACCUUUGAACUCACUGUCAUUGGGGACUGAGCUUCAGUAAUUUAGAACAUAAGACAUAAGAGCAGAAUUAGGCCAUUCCGCCCAAUAACUCUGCUCCACCAUUCUAUCAUGGCUGAUUUUUUUUUAUUAUCCCUCCCAAUUCCAUUCUCCUGCCACUUUCCCGUAACCUUUCACACUGUUACUAGUCAACAGCCCGUCAACUCUGGCCAGAGAUCAUCGGUGAAUCUGUGGAACUUGGGGCCACAGCCGGGUGUGGAGGCCAAGAUAUUGGGUAUUCCCACCGCUGCCUGUAAGGAGCUUGUAUGUUCUCCCUGUGGCCGCUUGGGUUUUCUCCCGAGUGCUCCUAUUUCCUCCCACAGUCCAAAGGCGUACCGGUUGGUUGGUUGGUUAAUUGGUCAUUGUCACUUUUCCCCUGACUAGGCUAUGAUUAAAUUGGUUAAUUGAUGGGUGGUGUGGCUCGAAGGGCGAGAAAGGCCUUUUCCAUGCUAUAUAUCAGUAACUAAAUAGUUAAGGCAGAGGUUGAUAGAUUCUUGAUUGGUCAGGGCAUGAAGGAAUACAGGGAGAAGGCAGGAGAUUGAGGCUGAGGGGGAAAAUGGAUCAGCCAUGAUGAAAUUGUGGAGCAGACUCGAUGGGCCAAAUGGCCUAAUUCUGCUCCUAUAUCGUAUAGUCUUAAAAAAUACCAAAUGACUUGUCCUCCACAGGCAUCUGUGAUGAUGAACUCUACAGAUUCUCCCUCCUCUGGUUUAGAGAUUUGUUAGACGAUCACUUCACACGACUUGCUGUGUUUGAUUAGGUUUUAGACAUUGCAAUGCCUGAUCGUGAGCUUAACGGCGGGAGAUGUUUUUUUUUUAACUUUUAAGUUACCGAGUCACUGAGGAAAUCCACCGGAAUCGGAUUUUUAAAUGCCUUGCUUCUCUGAAUAUUGCAGGCCAGUCAUUCCUAUGUUAAUAUAUGUUACAGUUUUGCAUCAUUGUGAUUUAUUCUCAGUGCUGUUUCUGCUGUUGUCCUCUGGACUCGUGCUGCAAGACGCCUUUUAUAGUUGCAUCUGGCCAGCCCGGUAGUGUGUCGGUUCGCACAACGCUUUACAGUACAGGUGACCCGGGUUCAAUUCCCACCGCUGUCCGUAAGGAGUUUGUACGUUCUCCCUGUGACCGUGUGGGCUUCCUCCGGGAGUUACAGCUUCUUCACGCAGUCCAAAGACGUACCGGUCAGUAGGUAAAUUGGUCAUUGUAAAUUGCCCCGUGAUUAGAGUAGGAUUAAAUCGAGGAAUUGCUGGGCAGCGUGGCUGGAAGGGCAGGAAAGGCUUCCACCCUGUAUCUCAAUAAAAUUUUUUAAAUUCCUCUUUGUUAAAGGCCUUUGAAAGGAAGCUUUGCAAUGCAGGACUGGUCAGCAACGGUCAGCAGGCUGGAUGGAGAGCGAGGUGUCUCCCAGUGGAGGUCGGUUGUAGGGGAUUCACAGCCCGUUCCUUAGUUAGAGCCUUCAGCAAUUUGGGCAUCGAGGGAGAGAGGAAGAGGAGAGCCAUCCGCAGUACCACCGAUGCGGCAGAGAGGGCCUCAAGAUGGCUGUGGCUCAAAAGAGGGGAGCCAAGGAGUCAUAAGUAGCUAGCCAUCUGGACACAAGCUGGGGUCUGAUCAGCCCCGGCUGGGUCACCUGGAGGAGUGUGUAUGGUGUUGAAAGACCCGAAACACCCGAUGAUUCCAGGAACAUCACUGAAGGUGUGUCCAGAAGCAUCAAUAGACGUAUGUACACAACUUAAAGGCACAACACUUAGCGCUCGGUAACAGCUGACCAAGUCUCUGUGCGAACGCUAUCUUAAAAACGCCAUCAGUAACAAAGCAAGACUGGCAUCUCCUCUGAACCUAGGGCGCUACAAUAAAAGCAAGGAUGUGUCUCUGGGGCUUUGUGCCAGGGCAGAGGGCAGGAAAGGGCUGAGGUACCAAGGAGCCACACUCGAACUGAGAGGAGAGCACGAAUGACUCCAUGUUAAAUAGAGUACGUUCACCAUGUCAACUGGUGGCCAUAGACAUGAUGAACCAAAUGUAUCAACAACUGCAAAUGUCACUCUUUUGUUUGCUGUUAAUUGGAUGAAUUAAAACAAUGUCGUGUUUCAGAUUGAUUAUCCUGUCUUACUACUGCAUGUAAAGCAAAGGGAAUGAAAUCUGAUAUAGUAUCAGAUAUGUUAAUCCUGCUACCAUUAAAUCAUAAUGAUUAGUUUUUCCUGCUCCCUUUGUCUUGCAACAUAGAUCAAUCUUAGGUGCUUAAUGUGAUCAAGAGGUUCAGUUGUUGAUUAGACCAAACAGCUGAAUGGGGACAAAAUGUGGUCAUGCUUUCGUUGGGACUUUUGGCUCUAGUUGCCCCACUGUCCAAUGAUCUGACCUUCUCUCUCACGGUUUGCUUUAAUUCCCUUCCGCGCCUUCUGGUACAUCGGGCGGCAACCGUCCCGUUUCUGUAGCAUUUUACGAGGCCGAGUUGCUCGCUCGACGCUCAGCCCAGCCCGGGUGGAAAGCGAGCAAGGUGCUGGCCGGAUUCGAACCUGAGACCGCCGGCCUCGAAGUCCGGUGCAGAUGCCACCACACCACCGGCCGGUUUAGGUAAUAUGAUCAGACAUUUAACAAUGAGGAAGGAGUUCACUUGUCAUUGAACCAAAAAUAUGUUGGUUUAUUUAUUUAUUGAGAUACAACGCAUAUAGGCUCUUUCCACACCGCCCAGCAAUCUCCCAAUUUAAUCCUAGCCUAAUCAUGGGCUAUAUUCUAUCCUAUCCUAGCCAAGACAAUUUACAAUGACCAAUUAACCUACCCAACCAGUACGUCUUUGGACAGUGAAAGGAAACCAGACCACAUGGAGAACAUACAAACUCUUUACAGGCAGGAGCAGGAAUUGAAUCCGGGCCUCCUGUACCACAGAGCAUUGUGCUAACCGCUACACUACCAUGCCACCCCUGUAUAUAGUUAAACGAAACAGUGUUCGUCCAGGGCCAGAGUGCAAAGUACAGUACAUACACUCACACACGGCACAUAUAAUAGAAUACAGAGCCGCAAAUUAAUAUCAGCACAAGUGAUAGGAUGGCUGGGAAGUGCUUCUGCUGGAUUCGUUUCUUGGACUCAACAGCCUGUCUGCCAACUGGAGCAGGUCUUAAUGAAAUGGACCAGUGCUUCUGCAGAAAAAGCUUGCUUCAUCCCCAGAAAGAGACCAUUUGGCCCAUCAAGUCCACACCAGCUCUCCAGUAGAACAAUCCUACCAGUCCCAAUCCCUCUCUCAUAUUCAUGCAGCAUGUUCUACCAUUUCUCUCCCAUCAUUUCCCACGGUUGUUCUGUCACUUACAGUAAAGUGGACGAUGCCCUCUUCGAAGUUCAAAGUAAGUUUAUUUUCAAAAUCCAUAUGUAUCACCAUAUACUACUCUGUGAUUAAUUUUCUUGCAUUGGAACAAAGGAAUACAAUGGAAUCAGUGAAAAACUACACAAAAGACUGACAAUGUGCAAAAGACAAACUCUGCAAAUAAAAAAUAAAACUA